AUGGCAUCUGCCGGACUUACCCUGGUGGACUGGAAGCGAACUUGUGAAGAUGCCUUGCACCGUUUGCGAGCAGAUGUGCUCGCUUCGUUGUGGAAAGUGCGCCCAGCGUUCGCGCGGGUGACGGCAGCUGGCCCCAGCGUACGCCGCCCCGCCGUACGCAGGCUCCUGGCGCUCGGUGACGUUCACGGUGACUUGGCUUCGUUGCGAAAGUGUUUAUCGCUGGCGAAUGUGAUCAAUGAAAAUGGUGAGUGGAUCGGUGGGGAUGCCGUCGUGGUGCAAGUCGGCGACGUCUUCGAUCGUGGCGACGCUGAGCGGGCAGUCUUGCACUUUCUCGACACCCUCGACAGGCAAGCGCGUGAGCGUGGCGGCGCCGUCUAUCGACUGCUCGGAAAUCACGAGGUCAUGAAUGUAGACCUGGACUUUCGAUACGUGACGCCUGGUGGUUUUGCCGAGUUCCGUCGGCGGGACUGGGAGCUCGCCGGUCGCGCCCUCGAGAAGGCCUACCGAGAGUUGCCGCCGGUGCUGCGUCAGCGCGUCAAGGCGCUACCCCGAGAGCAGCGUGCCCGCGCGAUGGCGCUUGCUCCGGGGUGCCCAACCGCCCGACUUUUGGCGGAACGCGGACAGCUCGUGCUGAUCAUUGGCGACACGUUGUUUGUGCACGGUGGCCUGCGUCCGGAUCACGUGGCGUAUGGCCUCGAGCGGCUCAACGCCGAGACUCGUGCCUGGAUGGAGCGACGUGCGGCAGCGGCAUGGUCGACACGGCUGCCGAUGAAUCCCUGGAAGGCCACGAUACCGCGCAUCACCGAAAGUGUCCCCAGAGUCGGGGUUGCGCGCUUUGGCUCCACAGCAGCAGCAGCAGCAGCAGCAGCAGACGUCUCAUCUAAGCCAGAGUUCCUGAAGGGCUCGCGCUCCCCGGUAUGGAUGCGAACAUACUCGGCGCCGCAUUUGCGUUCUGACUCGGACGCUUGUCGCGAGCUCGAGGAGACGUUGCGCCGCGCUGGUGUACGACGCAUGGUUGUAGGCCAUACACCGCAAGUCGUCAUCAAUGGAGCGUGUCGGGGUCGCGUGUGGCGUGUCGACACGGGCAUGAGUGCCGCGUAUGGUGGCGCUUGCGAGGUGCUUGAAAUCAGCGAAACGCACGGUAUUCGGAUAUUUACAGACCACGGCGUGGUGCGCGGCGAGCGUCGGCUUCUUCCUUGA